AUGUUUUUAUCCCUCGUCGUUUACCUUAGCAAGAUCUGCCAUUAUUUCGCCAUGUUUAGUUUAAACAGACUCUCAGUUCCCGAAUAUGUCAGUCGACUGCACCCCCGGAGGACGGUCUCUGACCCCAAGGCCAUCUCUCCGGGCAUCAGCACCAAUGUCCAGAUCGAGUUGGACGGCUCUCUCCCUGCGCUGCGCACUGCAAUCAAAACACUAAAGUCUUCCAAAGAUACAGGAGAUCUGGAGGAGACACGCCGGGCUAUUGUCGAAACUUUCCAGCUGGUUGAAGAGGCCUGGGUGCUGCCCACAGUGGGUCGACAGGUAGCAGAGGAGAUCUGUAACAGAAUCAGGUUGGAUGGAGGUCUGGAUUUGCUCUUGGAGUUGCUGCAGACACCUGCUGUAGAAAUCACCUAUGAGUCUGCCAAGCUCCUUGAGCAGAUACUGGUCUCAGAAAACAGGGAUUAUGUGGCACGCAUGGGGCUCGGUGUCAUACUGAACCUCACCCGGGAGCAGGAGGAUGCUCAGCUGGCACGAAGCGCGUCGGGCAUCCUCGAGCACAUGUUUAAACACACAGAGGAGACGUCUGCCCAGCUCAUCACUCAUAGAGCCCUGGACACCCUGCUGUAUUGGUGCCGUGGAACAGACCCAACUGUACUGCGCCACUGCGCUGUGGCCCUGGCUAACUGCGCCAUGUAUGGUGGGCAUCGGUGCCAGAGGCUGAUGAUCGAAAAACAGGCAGCCGAUUGGCUGUUCCCUCUGGCUUUCUCUAAAGAGGACGAGCUGAUCCGUUUCUAUGCCUGUCUAGCCGUGGCCGUGCUGGCAGCUAACAGGGAGAUUGAGAAAGAGGUGGUGAAGUCUGGCACGCUAGAACUGGUGGAGCCCUUCAUUGCCUCGUUAGACCCUGAUGAGUUUGCAUGCAACCUCUUGGACAGCGCAGACAGCAUGCAGGGCCGCACAGCUGCAGACCUGCAACACUUGCUGCCUCUGCUGGAUGGCACACGGCUGGAGGGGAAAUGCAUAGCAGCGUUCUACCUUUGUGUGGAGACUAGUAUUAAGGCCCGUCAACGUAAUACCAAGAUAUUUCAGGAGAUUGGGGCUGUUCAGAGUCUAAAGAGAAUUGUCAUGUACUCCAGUAAUGCCACAGUCUGCUCUUUGGCUAAGCGGGCCCUUACGAUGAUGGGCGAGGAUGUCCCGCGUCGUAUCCUGUCAUCUGUACCCAACUGGAAGUGCAGAGAGGUGCAGACCUGGCUGCAGCAGAUUGGCUUCAGUGCAUUCAGUGAUCGGUUUCAGGAGCUGCUGGUGGAUGGAGAUCUACUGCUUAAUAUCACAGAACAAGAUCUGAUCCAGGAUCUGGGAAUGAAUUCUGGGCUCACCCGCAAGAGGUUUCUAAGAGACCUGCGUGUACUGAAGACCUAUGCCAACUACUCAACAUGUGACCCUAGUAACCUGGCAGACUUGCUGGCCGACAUAGACCCACGAUUCCGUCAGUACAUCUACGGCCUAGUUCAGUCGGGGGUUGAUCGAAACAAUAUUGUCCACAUUACAGAACAACAGCUGCAGUCUGACUGCCACAUAGAAAAUGGCAUCCAUCGUGCCAAGAUACUCUCUGCCAACCGCUGUCCUGCUAAAACCUGCUUAACUGACUCCCAGCCUGCGGGUCCUGAUGUAUUCAUCAGCUACCGUCGCACCACUGGCUCACAGCUUGCCAGCCUGCUAAAGGUACAUCUACAAUUACGUGGUUUCAGUGUCUUCAUCGAUGUGGAGAAGCUGGAGUCCGGUAGGUUUGGGGAGAAGCUGAUCACGAGUUUGCAGCGAGCGCGCAACUUUAUCUUAGUGCUGUCAGCCAAUGCACUGGACAAAUGCAUGGGGGAUGUUGCCAUGAAGGACUGGGUACAUAAGGAGAUUGUCACUGCUCUAAAUGAAAAGAAAAACAUCGUCCCUGUAACUGAUAACUUCACGUGGCCCGAUCCAGCCUCUCUGCCGGAGGAUAUGAGUGCCAUUCUCAAAUUUAAUGGCAUUAAGUGGUCCCAUGAGUAUCAGGAAGCCACUAUUGAAAAGAUUCUGCGUUUCCUCCAGGGAUGCCCCAGCAAAGAGCAAACAGACACCGCCAAAACAGACAAAAAAGAUUCACAAAUAAAACAAGAUAUUUGUCCUAUUUAAUAACUUGCAUAAUGCCUGAUAUGUAUGGACAUUUCCAAUAAUGUGCUCUUGUGAUUGUAUGGGCCAUAUCUAUAACUCAGGAAGUUGAAUAUAUUUCU